AUGGCGAGCUCGAUACUGUAUGACUGGAUGGUGACAGCAUUGAAUGAAGACUGGCUGGAGGAGGCAGAUGCGGCUGCGCCAAUAUUUGGCAUUGACGGCUUCGGAGAUCGUAUCCCUGGUGUCUUGGGUACGAAGGAUUGCUUAGGGGAUCGAUUGGGAUCUCGUCUCGGGGUCAAGUCUUGA